UUAAUCAGUUUCACAAGAAGUAAUUGUUUGUUUUUGGUACUACAAGUUCAGACGGUAUAUAAUAUCGGACUUCUGUAGGUAUAAUUAUUAUUUAUCAUUUGAAAUAUUUUGUCAUUUUAGUAAUACUGUAUUCAUACUAUUUAAAUAUCUCGCGAUAAUACCAUUUCUCGCAUGACUUGUCCGGGUCACGUGACGUAGACAGACUACUCGGUGGCCGUUUCGAGCGGUAGGAAAUAGUCCCCUCUUUAAUUGUUUAUAAAUACCACACUGCCUAAUAUUGAAAAAACUUUCAAUUGGCUUCAAUAGGAAAAAGACCAAACUAUUUAAUUUAAACACAAUGCUUUGGUUUGUAUUCGUAUAUUUGCGAGGCGUUUCCUUCUCCAUCCAUCCCUAAGCUAGCCCAGGCCUAACAUUAGCAAACAUCUCUGCUGUUUUUUUAACAGCCAUCAGUAUGAAAGUAGAUUCAUGUGGCUGACUAGUGUUAUAACAGCAUCAACAUGGAUAUGGUGAAGGUAGAGCAAGUCGUUGUUGAGAUUGAUGAGAAAAAUACCUUAGAAGACAUCAAGCCAUCGAUGGUCGCCCCUGUGCCAUCAUAUCCAACUGAGAGUCUGCAGUGUUUUGAUUGCCUGAUCACCUUUCCUAAUCACAAAACUAAGGAGAGGCACAUGAGGAAGAGUCACAGGGAAGAAUACAAAAGACAACUGCAGGAGAACAAUACCCUUUUCACUUGCUUCUUGUGUGACAAGAGUUUUUACUCAUCUGAAGUGCUAAGUCAGCACCAGGCGACCCAUAGUCCAACAGAGAAACCUUUCGUCUGCACCGACUGCAAUAAGAGGUUUCAUACUUUUCAGGAGCUGAGCAAACACAGAGGACAUGAAUGCAAAGAAAGGAAAUAUAUCUGCAUUGACUGUGGCGCUGUGUUUCCCAGUCGACCCCGACUACGCAGACAUCGCGCAACGUUGCAUCCAGCAGGUGCUGAAGACAUCCAUGCACACCAGUGCUACAAGUGUUGUCGCUGUUUCCCUAAAGAAGAAGAGCUCCUGCAACACCUGGAGAUAUUCGCUAAUGGUGUAGACUGUGAAAAAAAGAGACUUGGUCGUAAAUCUAAGAACACGGGGAAAGGUGCAACAGUAGUCGGGAAGAAGAUCAAGCAAGAGGAAGAUACGGGUGAAUACAAAGAAUAUAGUGACUCCAAAAUAAAGGGAUGCAACGCCAAAAAACAGCCCAAAGAGCUUGAGAUCCCUUGUCCUGAGGAGAAUUGUGACCUCGUAUUCCCUUCUGUCACAGCCCUAAGGGCACACAAGAGAGAAAAACACGGCCCUGCUCCAUGCAAGUCUUAGUCACGCAAGGAGUUUUG